AUGAGCCAGGAGCAGCCUCGUGGGGAUGAACAAGAAGGUAUCAAAGAUGGGGUUGAUGAACAUGAGGACAUGAGUAAAAUUUGUGCAGAUGGUGGUGUAAUGGAGCAAUUUAACCGAAAGGGUGCAUUGAAUAUCAUGACGCCUCCUUCUCUUGUUCAAGAAAUGGUUGCAAAAGAUGGUGGCAGCCGAAUCACCAUAGGUGAAGCACUCGAGGCGGCGGUUUUGACGGCGGGAAAGAAAGCGGUAGAGUGGAGCGAUGCGGCGGCAAUUCAAGCAGCGGAAGUGAGAGCCACUGGGCGCACCAACAUUGUCCCUGGUGGUGUUGCCGCGGCUGCACAAUCAGCAGCCACCCUCAAUGCUCGAGCUACAAGGGACGAGGACAAGACCAAACUUGCAGAUAUUCUAACGGAUGCGACUUCGAAGUUACCAGCAGACAGAGCAGCAACGAGACGAGAUGCUGAAGGUGUGAUGGGUGCAGAAAUGAGAAACGAUCCCAACCUCGUUACUCACCCUGGAGGGGUGUCCGCAUCCGUGGCUGCUGCUGCAAGGCUUAACCAAACCAAUAAUUAA